GAACAAAGAAACACUCCACCAAUGGACAUGAUGGGAUUUUCGUCAGGUACGCGGAUGCUCUAUUGACAGGUAGAUACGAAGUCACAUUUUUGAAGUGACGUAGAAUGUAGCUGCAUCUGAGUUCUCUACUCUGUGCCAACUCCCAGUCACAAGUUCGACAUGAGGACCUGAAUAUUUCUGGAAUAAAAAAACCAUCUGUCUUGCUGACCGGUUUGUUCACAUCAGUUCGGAAUUAUGAUGUCUAGGCACUCCCAAGUAUCUUGCUUUUUCCUGAGCAAACUGGAUGCCAAAAGCUUGGGAGAUAAGCUCCAAUAAGCUGCAAGGAUAGCCUUGAAGAAUUUAAACAUGUGUUUCGGUGGCGUGCAUUCUUCCAGAGUUCCAGGGCCACCAGAAGGGUUGUUCUCGUUCACACGGGCCACCGGUCCCUCACAUCUAUCUCGUGCCAUGGGAGUUGAAGCAACUGCCUGCUCCAGAGCCUUCGGUAAGAGGAACCAUGCCUCAACUCACAAAAAGAAAACGAAAAAGGUGGGAGGUUCCAGGGGUGGGGCAAUAAUUUGCGAAUCUGCAUGCUCCACGCUUUUGGAUCCACCCUGUUAUUUUCUCCCAAAGGAGAUUUUAGUCCCAUGUCUGCUUCAUAGCUGAUCUUCUUGCCCCUCGAGCUUAUAUAAAGAAUUCUGAGGUCAAGCCCCCACUCUCAGCUCAUGCUUAGAUUUCUGUUCUAAUAUUGCUUGUUAUUCCAUUUAAUCAUGGGCAAAUCUUAAGUGCAUCUGAUGUUGAGCUGAAGGAUGGACUCUUAAAGAACACCCCAGUAAUCCUUUGGAAUCUGGAGUAAACAUGAAGUCCGUGCUCCAUAUUUUGGGCAUUUUCAGUUCUCUGUGCUCUUUGGCACUUGGGCAGAAUGUUUCUAUGGGACCUGAUGUUGUGAACGUUGGACUUCUUUGUGCAUUCAAUUCGACUCUAGGGAGAGUUGCAAAGGUUGCCAUUGCUGCUGCAGUCAAUGACAUCAACAAUGAUCCGAGUAUUCUCUCGGGCACAAAGCUGGUUGUUCAGAUGCAAGAUACCAAUUACAGUGGCUUCAUUGGCAUUGUGCAAGCCUUGAAAUUCAUGGAGAAAGAUACAGUUGCAAUCAUUGGCCCACAAUCUUCAGUCGUUGCGCACGUCAUAUCCCAUGUUGCAAACGAACUUCAAGUACCUUUGAUGUCUUUUGCUGCAACUGAUCCUACUCUCACAUCACUUCAGUAUCCUUUCUUUGUGCGUACCAUCCACAGCGAUCAAUUUCAAAUGGCUUCAGUUGCAGACUUAGUUGAUUACUAUGGGUGGAAGAUGGUGACAGCAGUAUAUAUUGAUGAUGAUUAUGGAAGGAAUGGCAUAUCCUCCUUAAGCGAUGAGCUUGCCAAGAGGAGGCUGAAGAUCUUGUAUAAAGCUGCAAUUAGGCCAGGAGCGACGAAGAGUGAAAUGGCUGCUGUACUGGUCAAAGCCGCGAUGAUGGAGUCCCGGGUUUUUAUACUGCAUGCACAUGAUGACUCUGGACUUGCUGUGUUCUCAUUAGCAUGCAAUCUUACCAUGACAUCCGGUGGAUAUGUGUGGAUUGCAACAGAUUGGCUCAGUGCAGUCCUCGAUUCUUCCCUACAUCUUGAUAGUGGGUUACUGAGCACAAUACAGGGUGUUCUCACUUUGCGUCAGCACACAGAAAAUACCAAUAGGAAGAAGACACUAGCUUCUCAAUGGAGCACACUCGUUAAGGAGGAUAAAGGUGGAAGCAGGGUCUUGCUCAAUGCCUAUGGCCUUUAUGCUUAUGAUACUGUCUGGAUGCUUGCUCAUGCGUUGGAUGCAUUUUUCAAUAGUGGUGGGAACAUUUCCUUCUCUCCAGACCCCAGACUGCAUGCAGUUGCAGGAGGAGCUUUGAAUUUUGAUGCAUUGAGCAUCUUUGAUGGGGGAAUGCUAUUGCUAGAAAGAAUUCGCAAAGUAAAUUUCAUGGGUGCAACUGGUCCUGUAAAAUUGGAUCCAGAUGGUAAUCUUAUCCACCCUGCGUAUGACAUUAUAAACAUAAUAGGGUCUGGUUUGCGGACAAUUGGUUAUUGGUCCAACUAUUCUGGGCUGUCCAUUAUGUCCCCCGAGACUCUUUACAUGAAACCACCCAAUGGCACUAUGGAAAAUCAGAAACUCCACCCUGCAAUCUGGCCAGGUGAGACUAUAACAAGGCCCCGAGGAUGGGUAUUCCCUAACAAUGGAAAUGAGCUGAGAAUUGGAGUCCCCGAUAGGGUUAGUUACCAUCAAUUUGUAUCAUUUGACAAUCUAUCUGGAAUGGUGGAUGGGUUCUGUAUUGAUGUGUUUGUUGCUGCAAUGAACUUGUUGCCAUACCCAGUGACUUAUAGGUUUAUACCUUUUGGCAACGGCCGUGAGAAUCCAAGCUAUACACAGCUUAUCAAUCAAAUUGUCACGAAUGAAUUUGAUGCUGUUGUUGGCGAUGUAGCUAUUGUCACAAAUCGGACGAAGGUUGCUGAUUUCACCCAACCGUAUGUUGGGUCCGGGCUUGUCAUACUUACCUCUGUAAAGAAGCAGAGCUCGAAUGGAUGGGCUUUCCUGCAGCCAUUUACCAUCAGAAUGUGGUCCUUGACAGGAGUGUUCUUUCUGAUCUCAUGGCCGACCUCCUCUGGAUCGAGCCUAGGCUGGCCCGUGGUGUUCAUCUAUGUACUGAGCUUGACAAUAAUCAAGUGCGUGCUUUUUUUUUCGAAAAAAGAGAGUUCUCUGCAAAUAAUCAAGUGCGUGUUCAUCUACGAUCCUCCUUGGACUGAGCUACGAGCAAGAUAACGCGCGUGUUUAGGC